AUGGACGCGGACGAUCGUACUCUCCUCGAAGUUCUUUCUUUUAUCACAAGUACUGAUAUUACUAUCAGCGAUAAAUACCCAAAACAAGUAUGUAACGACUGUUUUAUAACAAUGUGCAAGGCUGAUGAGUUCAAGAAGAGGUGCCUUCAGUCAGAAAACUUAUUAAAAAGUGAAUUAUUCCACACUACUUUUCAAGAUUUGACCAAACAUGAACCUUUAACUAACUUCGACACGCUGAAAUCAAAAUCAAUUAUAGAAAACCAAGAACAUGGCUUAUUUAAUUUUUUAAAUAAUCAAUCAAAAGAAGAAGAAAUAAAUUCUGAUAAUAUGAGUGACAUGAACUACAGGUAUGAUGGCUUGAGAGCAAUAAAGGAAGAGCAUGAUGACUUUCUUCAAGAUGAUAUGGACGAUUUAGCAGAAAGUAUAGUUAUAGAAAGUAAAAAUGUACCCAAUACUAAAAUAGAUAGUUCGUUUUCAAAAAUAUGUGGUUGUGAAUUUGUUUGUGCUGAUCAGUGUAAAUUAGAGACACACAUGAGAGAAUGUAAGCAUUUAGUUAAUAAAUGUGACGUGACUGAAGAAAAUGGAUUAACUCAUUUUGAAAAAGAAUUAACAGAUGAAAAGAAUGAAUUCUUUUGCCCAGUUUGUGGAGAAAGAUUUGAGUAUAGAUCUAUAUAUACACUACAUUUAAAUACACAUAAGAAGAAAGUUAAAGUUAAAGAUAAAAAAAUUAAAAAGAAUCAGGAUAAAAAGGAUAUUUUACAAAUUGCCUUAACAUGCUCUGAAUGUAAGGAAGAGUGUCCCGACAUGCAUUCUCUAAAAAAACAUUUAAACAAACACAAAACCGAUGGAGAUACUGAAGAUAUGCAAAAAUAUCAAUGUUCAAUGUGCAUGCGACAAUUUACUCGCAAAUUUUCUUUAAUAGCCCACUUUAAAAAGCAUGAGGACAAAGCUCGGAAGAUAUUUACUUGUAAAGCCUGUAAAAGAGAAUUUCAACACCAAGCUCAUUUGGAUAAUCAUAUUGUAUUAGUGCAUUCCAAAGAUAAAGGAUUUACAUGCAACAAAUGUAAUAAAAGUUUCACCACUCAAGACUGUCUAGACCACCAUGUAGAAGGUCACAAGCUGCCGAAGAAACACCAGUGCACCGUCUGCAACAAGACCUUCACCAUGUUGUCCACAUUGACCGAACACAUGAGAACCCACACUGGGGAGAAGCCCUUCUUAUGUUCUAUUUGUGGGAAAGGGUUCAGUCAGAAGAACAAUCUCGCACAGCAUAUGAGAAGGCAUCAAGGAUUGAAGCCGUUCAAGUGUGAACAUUGUGAAAGGAGAUUUGUAUCAAAAGGUGAAUUGGAGGCUCAUAAUAGGAAGCACAGCGGAGCACAUCCCUUCGUGUGUGACGAGUGUGGCAAUAGUUUCACCACAUCAAGUUCCCUAACGAAGCACAGACGCAUUCACAGCGGAGAACGUCCCUACGCCUGUGAUCUCUGCAGCAUGAGGUUCGCUGCCCUGGGAACUUUGAAGAACCAUCGAAGAACCCAUACUGGGGAGAAGCCCUACCAAUGCUCCCACUGUGAGAAGGCAUUCAUCCAACGCAAUGAUCUGGUCUCCCAUAUAAGAUGCCACACCGGGGAGCGUCCCUACAUUUGCACUUAUUGCGGACAAGGUUUCAGAAAAGCUUCGGCUUUGAAGGUCCAUUUGAAGAUACAUGGCAAAGAUACUACGGUUAUU